AUGGGAACCGACCUCAUCCUCUUUCCAGGACCUGUCCUGGCGGCCAAGGGAGCCGCCUGCUUCACUUGCUUUGCACAACUGCCUACGCUGAACAAAUGCAGUCGCUGCAAACGGAUCAGAUACUGUUCGCAAAAAUGCCAGAAGAAGGACUGGAAUGAUGGCCAUAAGAAGCUGUGUAAAGUGCUCCUUGGGUUGAGCGACUUCUACCCUCCGGUGGAAGCCCAGACAUGGCAACAGUACAGGCAGCAAGUGCUCUCAAGUGUAGCUGCUCUCCGCGUCUGUGGAGCGCAAGUCAAGCCCAUCACCCUUAACGACGAGCGUAUCCUUCUUUACCAGGCGUACUGCUCCAACUGCUACCGCACGCCUCUCCAGCUGGCCCCAGACACCAAACUCAAGCUCUGCCCCAACUGCUUCAUCGCAGCAACGUGCACAUCCUGCUCCAGCACCCCCGAGACCCACGCCUGCGCCAAGCUCUUCUCCAUCGCCCGCGCAGAAAUGUUCGCCAUAGACCACUUCCUCAAAACCGGCGAGCCGACAAUCCAGAUGCCCACCGAGCUCCCGCGCUCCACCUACCGACCCCUCUCCACGGCCGCCUCCUGGCUCGACUACUUCACCGUCAUCUCCGAAAAAUCGAUGCUAGUGGGCAAGAUCUCGCCCGACCUCCAACCUCUCCAGCCGGAGUACGACCAGUUGGCGAGCGCGCUGACAGCAGCCAGCGACAAGCACAGUAUGAUCCUCACCACGCUCGCCGCCUUCGAGGCCGCAAUCCCCGACCUGCCCACCAAGGAGCACAUCACGCUGCACCUGGUCGGGGCCACGGGCAAGGAACUCGACGCCCUGAUGCUGUUUGAGGAGCUGCUGCACCUGCUUCCCAAACUACGCGCCCUCAGCUACGCGUUCGUCGGGCCCCAGCUGCCCAAGCCGAUGGAGGGCACGCAUAGCGUGGCGCUGGACUGCUGUCCUCCGUGCACCAACGCCGGAAGAAGCCGGACGAUGAGCAUGUUCCAAGGCUCCUAUCAUGAAUACGUGAAGGGAGCGGACUUCGCGCUGCCGGAUCUGGCGGUGGUGUUCCAUUCCGGACACUCGCAGGAGGCGCAGGAGGAGUGGAAGCCCACGAUUGAGUAUCUAGUGGAAGCCGGCUUUCCGACUGCCUUCACGACGUUCAAUGAGAAGGAGAUGUUGGAGGAGACGCAGGGGUUGAGACGCAUGGGCGCGAAGUUUGUGCAGGAGGGUGAGAAGAACAGGUGGAUGGGGAUGAGGCCGCUGCUGGACCCGAUGGAAGAGGAAGAGGGGAGCGUGUAUCAUAUGAAUAUGUACUGGUACAUGAUUGCGGGCAGCGGGAUGAGGACAUAG